UAAAAAAUAGAGGUACGCACAUUAAUAGAGAGAAAAAAGAAGCACGCAAAUAUUCGAACAGACAUAGAUAUAUAGUUAAUUCAAAAAAAUAGAAAGCACCGACUCGGUGCAAAUCCGAGGGCAGAUCCGUCGUGGAUCGCCAGAACCGACAAUAUAUAUUGAUGGAUGAUUCGAGUACUAAUCCAUACACACGGUGGAUUUUCCAUCAGAUUUGCACCGACCCCAGAAUAAUAACAAAAAUGUAUUCGAUCGACCACGCAUCCUAUAGAUUACAGCAAUGCUUUCGAUAAAUUAAACAUUGUCGCUUAAAACUAUUUAUAAUUUUAAUUUACGUUUGUGCCGCGUGUUAUUCUCAUUAAAAAAAACAUCAGAAACGUCACUACUAAAGUAAGUAAUAGUAUUUCUUUAUGUUUCUCAAAAUUUCAGAUAUCCAUAUCAGAGCAACAUAAAGAUCUUGCUACAAAAGGAUUUAUAGACGUCGCCAGAAUUCAGAGUCUAUCAGAAACCGUUCAGGAAUCAUGCCACAGGAUCAUUAGAACUGAGCUUGAUCAGGUUAAAGAAGAAGCUCCAAUGAUCAUAAAGCAAGUGCAAGACUUCAAACAAGCAAUAACAGAAGCACAAGAAAAGAUCGCUGAAGAACAAAAUAAAAAUGAAUUAAACGAAGCUAAUGUUGAAUUGGAAGAAGCAAUAACAGAACUUACAGCUGUCGUACACGAAAAAACUCUGAAUAGAGCUAAAUUAACAGCAGUGAUUACAAAGGUACUUGACUCAACACGAUGGAUUUGUUAUAUUAUCGAGAAAGUGUCUAUUGUCCCUGAAGUGAAAGAAGUCUCACCCGAAAUUAAGGCGUGCCGCGAUGAUAUCUUAAAGAAUUGUAGGUAAGUUAUAAAAAAAGAAAAACUGA